AUGGCGUCGUGGUUGCAGGGCCUCGAGGAUGAUUGGAUAUCAGACGGACAAUUACCUGCAAAACUACAAACUAAGACACCAGUGCCCAAGAAUGCCUCGGCCAAACUUCACUCGAAACCCACCCCCCCUAAAUCUUUCAUCCCACGGCCUUCUUCUCGAAAAACACCCAUCGUCCCGAAGCACCUUGUCGAGAACUCAACUAUAUUACAGGAUGGCAGUCCCUCUGAAAGGCGUAAUAUCCCUCUCGUUCAAGAGCCGAGUCCGACUAUCACUCCCCAGGGUACUGUUCAGAAGCUUACCACAAACUUACGUCCUAUCAUUCUGGUAGAUGGUGGAAACGAGGAUUUAUUUAGCCCUACUCGCUUGGAAAGCCUCUUUGAACCCAUUUCCGACGGCUCGUGCACGUCAUGUUCUUCGGAAAACCUACCUUCCCAUCCUUCAGAGCAGCAGUCGGGUGGAGAUGCAUCUGGGAUAACCCAGGGCGAAGGCCUAAUGGAUGAGCAGUCGUCUGAGUCCUAUCAGCCCAACGAUAAAUCCGAAACCCAUGCUGCCCCGCACUUAAGCUCGAUGCUUGAGUAUGAGUCUGAAGACCCUCUUGAACGAUCGGCUUGGAACUCCACACCUCCGCCGUUUAUUGCUUGGCGGCCCACUGAAUCUUCAACAAAUCAAGAUACAUCUCUGUUUCGGGAAGAAGGAGAAGAAGGAGAAGAAGGAGAAGAAGGAGAAGAAGGAGAGGACCGAUCUUCAGUCAUCAGAGAUGAGGAGUACAUAAACAGUAUCUCCACCUCUGCAUUUUCCGAUCAGUCCCCGGGCCUAAAUGGGCUCCUCCAUUUUAACUCCAGAAGUGAAUUACCGAGACACUUUUACGGAAAUUAUGGGAAUCGCAGUUCUCGACAGCAUUCCCCGGAGCAGAGCGUUUUAUCACAUAACAACCAGUUAUAUUUCACUACGCCUGAUCGAAAAGUUCUCUGGCGCAUAAACUCCGAGGAUGCGUCUCUGGAGCUGCCAGGUACCAGCCCAAGAGAAUGCCCACCGCUGAAGCUGUUUUCAUCAGCCCCAAAUUCUUUUACCAAAACUGCAGUACAUGGACAGAUGUCCCAAAUUGAUCACGUCAACUCGCCAUAUGAUGAGAAGACUCAUUCUGAAACUUCGGGGCACCCUGAGACUUCUUUGGCCAAUCGGUCGAAGCGGCUCCUAGAUGGGACACCCGCUAGCGCCAAGAGGAUACCGGCUAAGGUACCGCCCAAAGAGGCACCGCGCUCUGAUUCUCUGCAUCCCCCAUCACCCGUCAAAGAGAGUCAGCCCAAGCGACAGAAGUUGAAUCUUUCUUCGAAUGGGGAAUUGACAGAUGUUGAUAGCGAAUCAACUAGUGAGGAAUUUGACAGCGAUGCGUCGGUAGUACGGAAUCCGAGCGCUCGAAUAGCGCGCACGAUUGCAGGAUUCGAGCCGCAGGAAUCGACGAGCAAGCUGUUAAUCGAGCCCGAAAUUGACUUUUCACGAUCGCCACACCCGAAUUUCCUUUCAGACCCACACUCCGCAUUCACCCGUGCUGCUAGCCUUCACUCGUUGAAUGUUAUUUUAGCUUCCAAAGUUAAGCAUAUGAUGCCAAGGAAGGUCGGGAGUAUGGUCUUUGACGAGGAGCGGCAAGUUUGGCGACAUGAAAAUGACGUCAUAGAUUCUAUGAGGCGAGAUCUGUUGAUGGAUCUGACGGUGGGAGAGAGGUCGCCGCCGGUGCUCGAACGGGAAGAUCCGUUCGAAGAAAUAUCUGAUCUAGCCACGAGCUUAAGCUCACGGCUUGUGCUGUCGCACGAUCAAAAGGGGGUUGCUGAGACGGCCCCUCCUUUAUUUAAUAGCUCUGGAUUUUCUACGGGUCAGAGUAGAAACCCAGAUUCGGGCAUUGCUACAAAAUCCUCAAAGCUUAUAGAACCGGAACUUUCCGUUGGGGAUACUUCGCCGACCCCUAGGGAAGGUGUUCGUCCGAUUUCCCCUAAUAUUGAUCCCAAGAAAGGCAACAAUCAAAGGGCUUUGGGCGCAGAUGGCAUUCGGCAUCUAGACCACGAGCAGUCGAGUGGAAAGGAUAGGGUCGGAGAAACGUAUCGUGGGACAGUCGAUCAGGGAGCGGGGGCAUCAUGUUUGGAUACAACAACUCCGACUGCAGUCCCCCCGACCAUCAAUGGGAGCUCCCUUGUGGUUCCUCAGACCCAGAACACCCCUUGUCAGUCCCUGAGGCAAUAUACAAUAUCGGUGCAGGCAAACGGCGCCCCACUUAACCGAACAAUGUUAAGCAUGAGAAAGCCCGAGUCAUCAUUUUGGAACACGCCUUUGACAGAUAUUACCUAUCAUUUUCUCGAAGCUGAUAGUCGGAUGCAAUCGGGGUUCCCGCGAGGUUACCAUUCCCGUAACAGUAGACAGCUCCGAAAGUUCCCUUCUGACAAGACUUCUUUAGCUCUAAAGAGCAUGGUACGCCAUCUUACUGACAACGAUAUGUUUGGUCCCUACUGGGACCAGAAUAAAGCAUUACAAAUUCAGAAACAGGGACUAGAGCACCUCCAAGAUCUCGCCUCAUUCCAUCCGAACCUCGUGGAAGUCAACCUUGAACACAACCAGCUCACACACUUGACGGGUAUGCCUUCUACAGUCCGGGACCUCAAAGUUGCAGGAAACCUUCUUUCAAGCCUCACCGCAUGGGCGCACCUUACGAAUAUACAAUUUCUUGACUUAUCUUCAAACCGACUUGAUAAUCUUUCAGGUCUUUCGGGUUUAAUCCAUUUACGAGACCUCAAGGCGGACAAUAAUCAGAUCACAUCACUAGAUGGGGUAUUGCAUCUUGAUGGCCUUGUCAAGCUACGGCUUAGACUGAAUCAUAUUCGUGGCGUAACUUUUGGAACGUCCAACUUGUUCGUUGGCUACCUUCCUUGGACUCCACAGAUUGCCUAG